GCCAUUGAGGCAUUGGAGAAGGUCAUAAGAUACCAGGAAAGCCUUGAUGUUGGAAUUGGAUUUGAUGAGUAUGAGUUAGUUACGUUGCGAAAAAAGCUCAAAGAAUGGAGAUCUGAAAAAGAAAAAAAUAAAAAGCAGUCUUCUCUCUUAUCUUUUUUUGGAAGUACAAGCGCCGCUUCCUAA